AUGACUGCUAAGGAUUGUCCUUCUCUGUGGAGCUUUGGAACAACAAAAAAAUUUAAAAUUCCCAUUGAACAUUUGGAUUUCAAAUAUAUUGAAAAAUGUUCAGAUGUUAAGCAGUUGGAAAAAAUUCUUUGUGUGCUGAGGUCUGGUGAGGAGGGAUAUUAUCCUGAACUUACAGAAUUUUGUGAGAAGCGUCUUACAGGCUUGGCUCCUGAAAGCAGAGCUUUGAGGAAGGCUAGACCUGCAGCAACACCAUCCAGUUUUACGAAGGAAGAAUGGGAAAAAAUUGAUGGCGAUUUAAAGAGUUGGAUGUCGGACAUUAAAAGUGAAGAACAUACAAUGCAUGCUCACCACACGGAAAUGCACCCAAAAUUAGAAGACCAUUUGCCUCCAAUUCGUGGCUCAAACAGCCGUCCACAUGUUAGCAAUGGAAAACAUUCUAAAAGUAGACCAGCUAAAAAGAAAGUUCCAAGGGACUAUUCAGAAUGGGAUAAAUUUGAUGUGGAAAAGGAAUGCUCAAAAAUUGAUGAUGAUUCCAAGGAAAAGAUUACAGUGGACAACAAGGCUCAUUUGUCUAAAAUUGAGACAAGAAUAGAUACAACAGGUCUAACCGAGAAGGAAAAGGGGGUUCUUGCUACUCGUGAAAAGGAAAAAGGAAAUGAAGCUUUCAACUCGAAAGAUUAUGAAGAGGCGGUGAUGUAUUACACUAGGAGCCUCUCAGCCCUUCCUACUGUGGCCGCCUAUAACAACCGAGCUCAAGCGGAAAUCAAACUACAGAACUGGAACAGUGCUUUCCAGGACUGUGAAAAGGUCUUGGAGCUGGAACCUGGAAACAUCAAGGCUCUUCUGCGUCGUGCCACUACCUAUAAGCAUCAAAACAAGUUCCGGGAAGCUCUAGAAGAUUUGACUAAAGUACUGGAUGUUGAGCCUGAUAACGAGCUGGCCAAGAAAACCUUGUCUGAGGUGGAAAAAGAGCUGAAAAAUGUGGAACCUGCAUCGAAGAUACAAACCAAGGGAAAAAGGAUGGUCAUUGAAGAAGUAGAAAACUCAGAAGAUGAAGAUGGAAAGGAGAGAGGGGAAACACAUGAAGAUGGCAGUGGAGAUCAGACGGCCCCGCGCGCCAUGGGCAACAUCCAGAAGAAGCUGUCGGGCAGAGGCGAGGGCGGCCGGCGGCCGGCCAGGGGGGCCCCGCGGCAGGGCCGGGCGCAGGGGCCCGGCGCGGAGGAGCGGGGCGGGCCGCGGGCGACUUCCACGGCCGCCGGCGACGCCAACGGGCACCCGGGCAGCGGGCGGGCCCCAGCGGAUCCCGCCGGCCUGAAGAAUCAGGGCAACGAGCUGUUCAAGAGCGGGCAGUUCGCCGAGGCGGCCCGCAGGUACGGGGCGGCGAUCGAGCUGCUGGAGCCCGCAGGAAGCGAGAGUGCAGAUGCCCUAAGUAUCUUAUAUUCAAAUAGAGCGGCCUGUUACCUAAAGGAAGGAAACUGCAGCGACUGCAUUCAAGAUUGUAACAGGGCUCUGGAGCUCCAUCCUUUCUCCAUGAAACCUCUCCUGCGACGAGCGAUGGCCUAUGAAACUUUAGAGCAGUAUGGGAAAGCAUACGUGGAUUACAGGACAGUGCUGCAAAUGGACUGCGGCAUCCAGCUAGCCAGCGACAGCAUUAACAGAAUAACAAAAAUAUUAAUGGAACUAGAUGGACCAAAUUGGCGAGAGAAGCUGUCACCCAUUCCUACUGUGCCUAAUUCGGAGCCAUUUGGAGCUUGGCGUCCAGCAGCAGAGCUGACCCCAGACCAAGAGGCAGAGUCCAGCGACCAUCUUUCAGGAAGCAUCCCAGAUGAAACAAAGUUUAAAGCCCUGAAGGAAGAAGGAAAUCAAUAUGUAAAGGACAAGAACUACAAAGGUGCUCUUAGUAAAUACAGUGAGUGCUUGAAGAUUAACAACCAAGAGUGUGCCAUAUAUACAAACAGAGCUCUCUGUUACUUGAAGCUGGGCCAGUUUGAAGAGGCAAAGCAGGACUGUGACCAGGCGCUUCACAUCGAUGGUGACAAUGUGAAAGCGUGCUAUAGGCGAGCGCUCGCUCAGAAAGGACUCAAGAAUUAUCAGGAAAGCUUAUCUGACCUCAAUAAGGUUCUCCUACUAGAUCCAAAUAUUGUUGAGGCAAAGAUGGAACUGGAAGAGGUAACCAGAUUCCUUAAUAUUAAGGACAACACGGUAUCCUUCAACAAAGAAAAAGAGAGAAAGAAAAUUGAAAUUCAAGAGGUGAGCGAAGGCAAUGCAGAGGCCCCUGAAGGAACCUCGGAGGUCUCCACCGACUGCCUGACAGCUGAGAAGGGGGACAAAAGCAGUGGGCCUCCAGAAUACUCAGAGAGACUUCCCAUCUCUAAGCCUAAUAACGCCUAUGAAUUCGGUCAGGUUCUAAACGCUAUAAACGCCAGGAAAGAUGAAGAGGCUUGUGCACGUCUUUUAGGCAUCAUUGCACCAGAAGAUUUGCCAGUAUUGCUGAGUAACAAACUUGAAGGGGAUACCUUCCUCCUCCUCAUUCAGUCUCUGAAAAAUCACCUCAUCAGUAAAGAUCCCUUCUUGGUGUAUCAGCAUCUUUUGUAUUUGAGUACAGCAGAAAGGUUUAAGAUGAUGUUGACACUAAUUAGUAAAGACCAAAAGGAGCAAACUAAGCAGCUAUUUGAUGACCUUUCAGAUGCACAAACCAACCACUUUACUUUAGAGGAUGUACAGGCCCUAAAACAGCAGUACGAGCUUUAACUCAAGAUCAUUGCUAGAUUUCUUCCAUGCAUGUACGAGUUCCAGUAAUGCUUAAUGAGAUGGUAUUAAAAUAAGAGUUGCAUGGAUAAAACCUGGCUUAGAAAAGAUACUUAGGUCUGGACUGUAAAACAUUUUAGUUAUUUUUAUAUACAGAACAUGUGUAUUCAAUAUACAAAAUAUGGGUAUUCUACAAACUCUAUUAGUUGUAAAUAUUUUCUUAUGUGCCAGAGCCAACAUCUUUAUAUUUAAUAAGUAUAUGUGGAACUUGUUAAAAUAUAUUUUAAUUUAUAGUACAUGUUUUCUUUUAAUAACUCAACUUGUUAAAUUUUUGAUUUAAGCUGUUUUUCUUUGGGCUAUUUAAAGUUCUUUUGAAAAAUGGAGUCAUUAACAGUGAUUAUUAUAUCACUUAGUAUCCUGUGAAGAUACACACAAGUUCAAUGCAACUCUGAAGUCUGAUUAUUAGAAGUUUAUUAAUUUACAGCUGUAAGAGGAACUUAUUUUUCUAACAUAAAGUAUUGCCUAAUAAUUAAGAACAAAAAUUGCCAAAAAUUGCUACCACUUUUUACUAGGUUUUAAAAUGUAUCUUUCCCUAUAUAUUGCUUAUAUAAGCAAUAAAGUCACUAUAUAAAAUAAACCA